CCAUUAAUAAUGGGAUGUGUAAAGUUGAAGGUGCAUAACUUUUACAUACAACGACCAACUUGUGUAAAAUUUUGCAUUCGUAUGCUCAAGUGCAGGUUGGUGGCAAACAAAUUUAUAACUAGAUUUUGGAUUGCGAUCCUGGGCGUCAUAGAAAUUUCUUUGCACGUCCGUUUAGCGGUAGGUACACCACCUUGAAAUUAGGAAAUAUGGGAAAAAAACUGAAAAAUUAGAAAAUCAGAUACCUAUUUAUAAAGAUGUUAGUCCCAUACUUCUGUAUUAUGGAUGCUGAAAAAAAAUUAAAGAAGAGGCGCAAAUUUUUGAAGAAACGGAACAUUUGGGCCCUUCUGAAAACAUUUAGAAAAAUUAGAAAUUUAUUUCAAUUUCAAUUUUUAAUACCCCUUUUGUCACACAAUCUACUCUAGACUUUGUUCAAAAUUAAGAGUAAAAAAUAUUAGUUUUCAUUUGCAAAAACAUGACGUCAUAACUUCAAAAACAAAAGAUAUAAAAUUUUUUAAUUUUGUUUCAUUUGCGCUAUAUACACGCUACACUCCUCCAGGUUAUUUUCUGAAAAUGUGCAUUAAAUGAUUUUUCGAAUUUAUCCCAUUAGUUAUUUUCCUCACUAUGUUAGAUGAUAAUGGUCCUCAAAUAGCUAAUUAUGAUUAUAGUCUAAAAUACUUGGUAGGUACCUACAUGAUAAUAAUUUUUUUUUAGAUUUGUUGUCGCCACAAAUUGUACGUAUAGUCUCGCGUAUAGUAAUAUGGAAAAAUUGCUUUGUGAAUGGGGAUUUCCUGAUUUAGUAGCUGUCUUUGCAGAGCAAGAUAUCGACGAAGAUGCGCUAUUGUGCUUAGAUUUUGAUAGUUUGAAGGAAUUGAUCCCUAAAAUAGGCCCCAGGGUGAAGUUUUCAAACAGGCUUAAACAAUAUCAAAAUGUUAUUAACACACCAUUCUUAGAGGAUAUUGAAAACAAUAUGCCAUCAACCAGCCUUCCAGUAGCAGAAGAUUCUGCUUCCAAUCCAAAUGAGAUCAUUGAAUUUAUUUUAUCUCCCUCGGCUUCUACAUCAUCAUGCUCCACGUCCGCAUCGUAUGGAGCACUACAAGAUGCUACAAAUGUCAUUGGGGAAGCAUUUCAGGCUGCCACGAAGAGAAAAAUGGCAUUUUGCGGAGAAGAGAAUUUGAAAAAGGCUUGCCGAAACGUGUAUAAUUUGGACGUGGAAGCAUUUCUGGAUAAGACAGUGUCGGGAAGAUACAUUUUAAAUACAUAUCGAAAAGAAAAACGACUCACACGAAACAUGCGUAGUAAACUUUCCCAUAUUCUUAUUAGCGGUUUGAUGUCUCAAGAUAGUGAAAGUGGAUUAAUUCCGAUCGAUUUUGAAAUUUUAUCUGAAAAGAUAUGCAACAUCUUUCCCACUGAAACUAAGGCUACUUACUAUAUCGCACGAGUACCAGGAAAUAAAUUGAAGAAACCUAUAAAUGCAAAGGGAAAACUUAUCGACAUGUAUCGAAAUUUAAGAAGAGUGUAUUUGCCAAAGAUUAGCUUAAGCGAUAGUGACGGUACAUCAACUGACAACACUUUAAUAGAGGAUAUUUCUAAUAAGGAUGAAUUACAUGACUGUGCUGUAUGGCUAAAAAGUUUCCAAGAACCUUGGGACUUGGUUCUUCAUAAUUGGAAAACAACUUUUCCCUUAAGAAAAAUAAAAAACACCAUACCAACAGUAGAACAAUAUAUGAUUGAAUGGCCUAUAUUAAAACAUAAAAAUGCUUUUACACUGAUUCAAUUUGAUUUUCACGAAUUAUUUCCAAAUUGUCCCAUACAUUCGCUAUUAAACGAGUAUCAAAAAUGGGAGAAAUUCUUUAUCAAAUUGAAGAACAUACACACUUUGGAUAAAGCCACGGAGGAAUUUGUUGAUCCCCUAUCUUCUGAAAUUAGUCAAGAUUCAAAAAACGCAAUUCAGAUUGCAGCCUUAGCGAUGAUCUUUCCCCCCAAAGGUCGAAUAAGAUGUAAGAAAACGCACUGGAAGCCGAGUAUUUUAGAAUGCCAAGAAAGUUUAAUCAACCUGGUGUCGGUAUGGCUUAUUGUCUCAUUCUUUUACCAUUCUUUUUAACUAUGUUUUUUGAUAAUUUAUUCAUUUGAUGCGUAAUUGCUUGUAAAUCUGACAAUAGGGCUGUUAAAAUGAUCAGAUUUCUAUGAUCAUUAAUUAUCUUAUUACUUCUUAAUUGUAAUGCUAUUAUUUUUUACAGACUUGCGGAAGUAUUGAAGAAUGCAUAGUAAAACGAAGGAAUAAAUUAAGUGAAUUAAAUUUAACGGUUCAGCCUUAUAUGAUUGUGGUUGGCGCAUCCUAUUCUUGCAUCACAGAAUCUUACGUAAUCAUUGAUACCAAUGUUUACAAAACCUGCUCGGUCUUACACGCUUUUGAUUUUCUGUUCAAAGCUUUCCAUUCACUAAAUGCGAACUAUCCAAAAGAAUGUGAACAUAUAUGGUUAGUAGUUGAGCGAAUAUUAUACAAUUUAGAAAGUUCUGCUAUCCAAUCACCUGCAGUACUGACAUUAUUAAAAGAGCUAGAACCCGAUGUGUAAUCAUCAUCACGUCUUUAUUUUGUGUAUAUUGUUUUUAUAAUAAUGUUAAUAUGUCCUGCAUGCGAUCAAUGUUUCAAUAAUAUAAAUAUUCUCAUUAGGCACAUUAAAAUUAAUCAUAUUUAUAUUUCAACAUUCUCAUGUAAACAAAACCAAUGCACUCGAUCGUUUCAAAAUAUUUAUAAUUUGAAACGACAUUAUAAGUUAAAACAUAAUACUGACGAUUUCGAUGCAGGUGUCUCAAAUACUAAUACAGGCACGUCUCAAAGCGAAUCUAUAUUUGAUUGGAGUGAUGACAAUUUAAAUACUGUCGUUGAUAAUAGUCCCCCAAAUGCUUCCUCUAAUUAUAACUUCAAUGAAGAGUUCAAAAAUUCCCUAGCCCAAAAAAGUAUCUUCUUUAUUUCAAAAUUGUACAGUAAUUAUACCUUCCCCAGAAAUAUUGUCCAAAAUGUGAUAUUGGAUACUUCGGAAUUAUUCAGAGAACCUUUACAAAUAAUAAAAAGAAAAUUAAGUGGCUCUACCUGUAAUGAUGCGGAUAAGAAAGAACUUAUUGAUAUGUUAGAUUUGCUAGAUAACAUUUUUAAAGAUUUUGGCUCCGAAUAUUUACGAUUUAAACAAUUUCAAUCAUCCAGCAAAUUUAUUGCCCCUGUUUCUAUUAGUCUUGGUCAAAGAUUAACUGAUAUCAGAAUCCAGUCAAGAGUUGUAGCAGAUUUGACCAAUAGUACUUGUCAGUACAUUCCUAUUCGACAAACUUUACAGGCCUUUUUAGAAUUACCUAAUGUAUUUGAAUCUAUUUGCUCUUAUAUGUCAGACUUAAAAAAUACAGAUAGUAUAUGUAACAUAAUUCAAGGUGAUUUGUGGCAAGUCACACAAAAACGUUUUGAAAAUAAAUUAGUUUUCCCUCUAAUGAUCUAUGGAGACGAUUUCGAAAUAGGAAACCCACUUGGCAGUCACGCUGGCAUCCAUAAACUCUGUGGAAUAUACUUUUCCUUAGGUUGCUUGCCACCACGGUAUGCUUCAAAAUUAGAAAAUAUUUUCCUCCUUCAACUUUGUUACUCCUCCGAUGUUAAAUCAUUUGGAAAUAAAAAAAUUUUUGAAAGUAUAAUUAAUGACUUGAUUUGUCUAGAGAGUAAUGGUGUAGCGAUAAAUACUGUAUCAGGAUGUCACACUGUAUAUUUUAAUGUAGUGUUAAUUUUGGGUGAUAACUUAGGUCUAAACUCAAUGUUAGGAUUAACUGAAAGCUUUAACUCAAAUUAUUUUUGCAGAUUUUGUAGAUGUGAUAAAGUUGAGACAAAUUAUAACACCCGAGAAAAUAUAAAUUCGUUACGUACACCCGAAAAUUAUGAAAAAGAUUUAUCGACACUAAGUUAUGGUUUAAAAGAGCAGUGCGUAUGGCACAAAUUACCAAAUUUUAAUAUAACUCGCAACGUUUCGUGUGAUAUCAUGCAUGACAUUUGGGAAGGUGUAUGUCGGUACGAUUUUGGAAAAUUGUUGCAUCAUUUCAUAUAUGUAGAUAAAUUUUUUACACUUGACACGUUAAAUAAACGCAUUCAGUUUUUUAAUUUUUUAAAUAAGAAUAAACCUACAACUAUACCAAAAUCACAGAUAUUAAAGAAGCAUAUAUUUUUUUCUGCCUCAGAAAUGUCAUCUUUUACUAAACAUUUUUCUCUUAUAAUAGGGGAUUGUAUUCCCAAAAAUAAUCAUCUGUGGGAAAUGUAUUUAGUGUUACUAGAAAUUAUUGAAAUUGUAACUAGUAAAGUUAUUAGUGCCAAUGAUUCGGAAUUACUUAGAACGCUUAUUGCUGAACACCAUGAAAUAUAUAUAGAGUUUUUCGGACCAUUGAAACCAAAACAUCAUUUAAUGACACAUUAUCCCAAUUUAAUGCACAAAAUUGGCCCUUUAAUAGCUGUAUCGUCCAUGCGCUUUGAAAGCAAACAUAGGCAAUUUAAGCAAACAGCAAAUUCAGUUAGCUCACGAAAAAAUAUCUUAUACACACUUGCUUUAAAAAAUCAAUUGAGGUUUUGUCAUCGUCUCUUAGCUAAAAAUGGUUUUAGCGAUACCAUUGAAUUUGGACCUGAGAAUAUACACUUUAACGAUGAUACUUUGGAAUAUAGAACAUUUAUGGGUUUUUUUAAUUUUAAUGUGCCUAAUGAUCAUUUUGCUCCGACCUGGAUAGAGAUUGACGGUGUGAAGUAUAAUGUAAACCAUGUCUUAAUUAUUGAAUUUAUCGAUUUUAUGCCAAUAUUUGGCGUCAUCCGCUCUAUUAUCAUAACAGAAGACACAAAUAACAUAUAUUUCAUUUUUAACAAAUUGAAAACUGUAUGUUUUAAUCUUCAUUUUCGUGCCUAUGAGAUUGAAAAAACUGAAGUGUUAUUAUGCAAAAAGUGGGAUAACCUCUAUAGUAACAUUCCCACGUCCAUCCAUAUUGUUGACCAAAAACAGUUUGUUCCUAUGAAUUAGUUUUAUAGAUAUUAUUAUAAAAUAGUUUAGUACCUAUAUAGCUACUUAUUACAUGUGCAUGUUAUUACCUCAAUCUAAAUAAUAGGCUAAAUUAUUUACAUAGGUACCGUUCUCAUACUUUUCAUAUGCUAUAGUUUCGCUUUAGUUAAAAUUUUGCCUUAUUCUUGUUACUUUUUUUGAUAUUUCGUCUAACAA